AUGACUCCAAAAGAACUCGACCGGGCGGAAACGAUCGAAUUGCUUUCAAUUCCGCGAGAUGAAGAACCACUUGGACCCGACUCGUCGAGCGAAGCCGACAAAGAUAUGCGCGACCGGACGGCAGUUGAAUCGACGCGAAAGCACGACAAGAAACGCAAAACAGAAAACUGGAAACGGUCGCUAUAUCUAGGCUCUCUAUCGAGUGUAAUUGUACUCUUAUUUAAUGUUUCCUUUGUCGCCUGGGCCGUGUCGCAUCAUAAUCUUACGGAAAAUCGCGGAGUACUCUACACCGGCGAUUGUACCAAGACUAAGAGAAUGAGUACUGGGAUUCACUUGGUCAUCAACAUUCUAAGCACUGCUCUGCUUUGUGCGAGUUCUUAUACUAUGCAAUGCCUGUGCGCCCCUACACGUACGGAGAUUGAUCGCGCACAUCUGAAGAAUCAAUGGCUGGACAUUGGUGUGCCUAGCGUGCGGAAUUUGUUUCGGAUCUCGAAGAUGAAACUCAUUCUCUGGCUAACCCUAGCGCUAUCGUCUCUACCGCUUCACCUAUUCUACAACUCGACCAUCUUCUCGACAAUCACAAACGUCGAGUACGAAAUCUUUGCGGGAAACAAGCCGUUCUCCGAUUUCAAUGCGAAGAACGUCCGGCCGCCUCCCAAUGUUAUAGAAACGGAUAACACCAGGUACAUGAACCCCUACUUCUCAUUCUCAAGAAUGCUGGAGAAGGGACAGAAUGGCGAGCUCUACCGUCUGGAAAAUGCCGACUGCAUGUCCGCUUAUGCCACGAACUUCCAAGAUGAAUACGGCAGCGUACUUUUACUCACCGAUGAUUUUCACCCAAACGAUACCGACUUCGACUUUCUGUCGUUCCAGGGACCCUCUACCCCCGUGAGAGGAAACAAUCCAUACGCUUGGAUGUGUUGCAACUACACCGUAUAUGCCUGUGAUAUGCAGGCAUUAUGCCGCGACCAACUUCCAGAGAUCCGCGGGCAUACCGACAACUGGAUAGUUGGUGGCUACCGCGUGAAUUCUUGCUUAGCAGAACGGAUUCCGGGGAAAUGCAAACUGGAGUACAGUCUUCCUCUAGCCAUUACCGUUAUCAUUUUCAAUAUUGUCAAGGCGAUCAUUAUUUGCGCCGUGGCCCUCACGAUGACCGACUUGCCCAUCCUCACCAUCGGCGACGCGGUAGCUUCAUUUCUAAAGACCCCUGAGACAAGAAAAAGAGAACAUUGUCUCACUUCCAAGACACUAGCCAAGAAUCCAACUCCCAGACCCAUCCCUUACAGCCCAAAACCCCAAAGAUGGGUCGCCGCAGUCUCAAUAGUCCGAUGGAUCAUCUGCAUAAUAUGCUACACCAUUGCUAUCGCAAUCUGCAUCGGGCUGCUAUGUUUCGGGCUCAGCCAAAUCCGCAACAAAGGCAAGAUCUGGUCCGGACUCGGCAUCACAAACACAGACACCCUCAUCAGCGGAAACGCCUGGCCGCCCUCUCUAAUCACCAACACCAUCAUCGCAAACACCCCCCAAGUCAUCUUCUCCAUGCUCUACUUCGUCUCCAACAGCGUUCUCACAGCUAUGACCCUCGCUGCGGAGUGGAGCAACUACGCACUCCACCGCAAGGGUCUCCGCGUCUCCUCUACCCCGCAGGGCUCCCAACGCACCACCUACUUUCUCUCUCUGCCCUAUACCUACGCCAUCCCGCUGCUGGUCUUCUCCACCGUGCUGCAUUGGCUCAUAUCCCAGAGCCUGUUCCUCGUCAACGUGGAGUCGUAUAAUAUGCAGCUGGAGCGUUUCCAGUUAUUCGAUUUCGCCACGUGCGGAUACUCCCCCGUCGCGAUUGUCAGUGCGAUUGUUGUCGGGGGAGUCAUGCUUUUGGGUCUUGUGGGGUUGGGCUUUCGCCGGUUUGCGUCCGGCAUGCCCGUCGCCGGGAGUUGUAGUCGGGCUAUUGCUGCGGCGUGCUAUCCUGGGUGUUCUGUCGAGGGAGAUGGUGUCGAGACUAUGCCUCUGAAAUGGGGGGUUGUGUAUGAAGGCAUGGCGGAUGGGGCGGAGGUCGGACGCUGUGCUUUCUCUGGUGGGGAGGUUGGGAUACCUCUUGAUGGGGUUGUCUAUAGGUGA